CGCCCACCCAGCGUUUGAUCUCUGUAGACGGUGGCUGAAAAAGGACAAUGGUUUCCAUGUCAGCGGAUAAACGCUUUGGUCUUAGCUCCAGGAUGAGGGAGGAUGUAGUAAUGAGCGUGUGCUGAGGAGCGAGGAAGAAACUUAAAGGAGCCGGCGACCAAUAGAGCAAGAGCCAUGCCACGCCGGGGCCUCGUUGCCGGACCAGACUUUGAGUUUUUCCGGCGUCGGUAUUUCACGCCGGUUGAGGUGGCCGAACAUAACCAACCGGAGGACCUCUGGGUGUCUUACCUGGGAUGCGUAUACGACCUAACGCCGUUGGCACAAGAACACAAAGGAGACCUGCUGCUGAAACCCAUCGUGGAAGUUGCGGGUCAGGACAUCAGCCACUGGUUUGACCCAAAGACCAAAGACAUCCGAAAGCACAUAGAUCCGCUGACUGGUGCCCAGAGAUACCGCACCCCGCGGGGCCGCUUUUUGCAUGUCCCACCUCAGCUGCCUCGUUCCGACUGGGCCAAUGAUUUCGGGAAGCCCUGGUGGCAGGGGUCGCGUUACGAAGUGGGUCGGCUGUCCGCCAAGACCCGGAACAUCCGUAUCAUUAACACACUCACGUCGCAAGAGCACACACUGGAGCCAUAUAAUGCCUGGCCAAGAGUACAAGAAAUACAUGUUUGUUUCAGGAAUGAAUGGCACACGUUACCCCCACUAUUCAAAAUGUCUGAACUCAGGAGCCGAAUAGAUUCAGAUAAUGUGGUAUCCAUUGCUAUUUGCCCUCUCUCACUAUUUGGAGCAUCUGAGGAGAUCUGAAUAAUAUCAUUUGUGCUGGUAAAUUCUUCUAAUCCUUCUAUAGAAUAGUAAGGAAGAUGAAAUAUUCCCUUGCCCUUAAUAAACAGCCUAGAGGGGUAGGUAUUACUCCACCAUAGUAUAUCAGUUGAGAAUGUAUUUGGUUGCAAGUAACAGAAGGCUGACUGCUGGGGCCUAACUACAAGGGGUUAAUUUUUCCUCACAUACAAUGUUUGUGGUAGUGACUCCACUAGAUAGUUCAUUAAUGUCUCAGGUAGCUCCUGUUUUUGUUCUCAUGUUUAUGGUCUUUGGGGCUGUACUCCUUCUAGCCUGGAUUUUGGGCAGGAAAGAGGAAAAGAAGAAGAAAGAAAGGGCAAUGCCUAUAUUAAGCAAAAAAUUUCCCAGGCAUCCUUAGCAGACCUUUGACUGAUAGGAAAUACAUUACACAAUAACCCUUAGCUGCAAUGGAAUCUGGGACAGGAUUUUAUAUUGACAUCCACAACAAAAGCAGGGUCCACUACUGUGGAAGUCUCGAGAGAAUGGAUACUGGGUAGGAACUAGUGAUGUCCUCCACAAGAAGUGUGAACGUGCUAUUCUAUUCAUCCACUCAUCAACAAAAAAGUUACUAAGCACUUUGUGCCAGGCACUGUUCCACUUAC